UGUAGAAAUAGAAUCAUCCAUUCGCCCAAAUUGACUGAAUUUCAGAUAGUGUUUUCACACAUUUUGUUUUUUAUUUUAAGCACCCUUAAAACAGUCAUAUAGGUGAUCGAUUGUGCUACAUACUUACAUGUAUAAUAAUUAUGUUCUUUGUGUGAAAUUCUCUCAAUAUUAAUUAAUGAUUAUUUUAUUUUAUUUUAAUACCUGUGGUAAAUUCUGGUAUUAUUCGUUUGGGCAUGCGUAGUGAGUCAUCAAUAAAAGAGUUGGACCACAACACAAAAAUGGCGUCGUACAGUGUAGUUUCUUUAUGAGCACUGCACCCUUGAUAAUAAGCCAGUUAGACCCCCACCCCUGCAUUCACUGUGUGUACCUUGAUCUAGAGCGCACACAGGGAAUUCAUCAGACACACGGAGAUUAGAUAUCAAGACUCGGCAAUUGUCAAUUUUAAGCAAAAUGACCGAGGGUAGUGAUGUGGACUUAGAGGACGGGGAGUUGAUGUCUAGCGAUGAAGAAGGAGAUAGCGGUGUAAAGAAGGAAUUGCCUGUGGAGGAGGUUGAAACUACAAAGAGUUCCCCGAAACCCACCACCUCCGAACAGACGCACGAAACGUCACUGGCGACUCAAUCUAGCAUCGAACCAGUCUCAGAUGACGGUGAAAUAUAUUCCGACAACGAGGAAUCGGCGUAUUUCCCACAGCAAGUCAAGAGUCGACCUCCCCCCAAGCGACGAACGCAAGACCUCCCACAGAGAAAGCGAGUGUCGAGAUGGUCUGACGCCUACACAAGCUCUCCGACGAGACCCCAGGGGCAGGAGAAUAACAACCGGUCACAUUCACCCGAAAAAAGUCGUAAAAACACCCACUCUGAUUCUCCGGACCAGGAGACGUGUUUUGAAGAGCAUGAUAACUCAAAUGAUAGAAGGUCAUCUCGUGACAGAAAAAGGCGACGAAGUAGCCCAAUCAGAAGACGUGACAGUCCUAAUAGAUCUGGUGAUCGUCACUCGAGUCCCGAGAGCAGACGAAGCUAUAAUAAUCACGAUCGGAAUCAGGAUCGGAAUAGUCCAGGGCCUCAACGUCAGAAAUGGUCACAUCGAGGUGGUUAUGGCUCAUCAAGUCCUUACCAAUCAAAAGGGCAUUCCCGCUAUGGUCGUGGUCGCGGCGGCGGCGGUAACAAACGUUUUCAAAAUGUGCCUGCAAAGGAAUAUCGCUUUCUCUCACAACAGGUACCACAGCGAUUAAGGGAGGGACUUUCUCUUCUCCCCGACCCUAAAUACGGGCGUAGCACUCGUGUUGACCUCUCAAUGUACCCACCACCUGCAACAUGGUAUCUGAGAGAGCUGAAGGCAUGGGACGCACUCCACAAGGCCAAGAAACUCACAGCAACCAUUCAGCAGCAGACCUCUACUGAUCCGUCUCUACCAGUUCCCACAUUUACUGCAAGCGUUAGUAGCAGUUCGUUCCAGCCCACAUCGAUGAUCUCCCUUCUAGCACCGAUGGCUCCUCUUCCAGUACCAUUAAUGAGCAGUCUGGUGAAUAUCGAUACAGCUGAUUCGAAACCAACCCACCCUCCAAUUGUCUCUUAUGUCAAUACAGAUGCCAGAAAUGAACACACUAACUAUGACGUUGAUACCACACCGCCACCGCUCGAUCCCAGUAUGCCUUUUGCUCAACCAAUGCCAUCAUCUUCAAAUAUACCGUUUGCUCAACCCCUGAUAUCUUCUUUUCAAACCCAACCACCGUUGACUACCAUUGAUAGUCUCUCUGAGCAAACCUCACAACCUGAACAAACUAAUCACGAUUCUGCAAAAGAGUUUAUUGUUCCUGGUUUCAGUAAUGAACUUAAAGAGCCUCAAAUCGAAACUGAAAGUGCGACACUGGAUGUUAGUAAUGUUACGGUCAGUGAUGUGGACAGCUCGUUCCUAGGAAGAACUGUAUCCGUCUCGUCUGAAGUUGCUAUGGAGAUAGACUGGAAAACUGACAGCCAAUGUGGAACUCCUGGUCUACCAACUCCUAGCAGUCCAAUCUUCACUCCCCCCAAACCAAUCACCCCCACACUUCCGUCCACCCCCACACAGCCUCACUCAUCACACACCCCCACAGAAGACGCUCCACACCCUGAGUCGAACACCACAUCACAGGCUCCCGAAAUUCCCCUACAUUCUACUGAUGACGAAACACACCAGAACCCGGCAUCUUCUCAUUCUACCUUUGUUACCUCCUCACCGAGCCUCGUGUCACCUUGUAACUCACAAGAAGAGGCCGAGCCAAUCAUGUACAACCUUCGAUCGAAACCUGCCCCAGAUACAAUGGAUUUGGUGGAGAAACGCAAGUAUCAUCGGAACGUAAUGGAAGUAAUAGACGUUAGUGACGAAGAGAUUGACUAUGAUAGUUACCUUGAUCAGCUUGACGACGAUGAAGUCCCUAUUAGUGCAACAAUAACCAGCUCAUUGGCACUCUCGAGUCUGCUCCAGGACAGUCUCCCGAAACUGGGUGGUGAAGAACUUGACCCGUUUAGCGAGGACUUCCCUGUAAUUAACCGAGCGAGUGCCCCCGAGAUCUCGAGUGGUGGAGGGAGCUUAAUGGCUUUAGUCGGAGCGGAGGCGGUCAAAGAACCGGAAGCUGUCAGGAAACAGCCUGGUCUUAAGAGCAGUAAGAGGAAAGAGAAGGAGUUGACUUGGAAGGCCAGGCAGAGACAACGCCAGCUUGCCGCUAAAGAGGCCCCUCCCCUACAGAAACCACCACGCCCACAAUGCAAAUAUUUUAUGAAUGGAAUAUGCAAGAAUGGAGACAACUGUACGUUCAGUCACGAGGGGCCCAGAACCAAGAAGAAGGAAGUGUGCAAGUUCUAUAAACUGGACACUUGUAACAAAGGGCAAGACUGUAUGUACUAUCAUGGUGAGUUCCCGUGCAUGUUCUACCACCUGAAGCAGUACUGUAGGAACGGGGAAAACUGCAAGUUCUCACACGCCCCCCUCAACGCAGACACUGAGGCACUGCUCGCCACUGUGGUUGACUGUGUAACCCCUACCGCGACCACACCCACACCACACCCCCUCAUGGCCAACGAGAGAAUGUUAAUCAAUGAGGACGGUAUACAAGUCAAUAUGUUUGGGCAGAGUGAAGGAUUCGUUGCAUCAAUGCCUAAGGAAGCUACCACCGAAGAAAUGACUGUUUCCAUCCCUCUCACAAAAGUAAAGAUAAAAACGAAGUUAGGCCGAAUACCCAAGAAAUCCACAGCCCCUGCCACUUCAAUGGCACCUCCAUCUUGGAACUCUAAUACCCCCGCCCCAUUAUUCCCUGGCACCUCGUUAGGUGAUCAUACGAAGGGGGAAGCUCAAAAUCCCCCCAAACGUGUUCUGCUACCUACUCCUCCCCUCCAUGUUAAACUAACACCAGAGGAUUUCAAACGAAUGGAGAAUAUGCCACACGAAUAUUGGGAAGCACCGCAUCUCUCAGAGACACACCCUCAACCACACCCACCUGGCAUACCUGAGCGGAGACCAUCGAUUGAGCCAAGCUAUCGUCCACCACCACCCUUUCCACCUCGACAAAGGCAGCCAUUUUAUCGUCCUCCAGUGCCCCCACCACGCCCAGCACCUCCUGAGCAGAGCUGGAAUCAACCUCCUCCUCAUCAAUGGCCAGGCAAGAUGGAAUCAGGUCCUCCUAAUUCAAACAGACCACUACCUGACGUACACGUAGGACCUGGCGUGUGGAACCAAAACGCACCACCACGGCCAGAUAAAAACGCUAGUGGAGGUUAUCCCAGACCAGCUCCUAGACCGAGUGGAAUGGAUUCUAGACCAAGUGGAAUGGAUCCUAGACCAAGUGGAAUGGAUUCUAGACCGAGUGGAAUGGAUUCUAGACAUACUGGCAACGAUCCAAGACAUUCAACUAUAAAGAAUCCAAGCGACCCUCGCAAUUCACCAUCCCAGCCUUAUCAGGGACCUGGUGCGAAAUGGGGGCAGUCAACUAACAUUGGAAAAAUGCAAUCAUCGCCACCCUAUGCGGGUCAACACGGAAUGUCUCCACCACUGAGCACUGAUAAACGAGGAUGGUCAGACAAAAUGUCUCCGAAUUGGAAGAAACCAGACCGUGUGUCGCCAGCGUGGGGUACUAACCAUGACCCAAGAUAUUCAAGUAACGACCCGAGAUUUUCUGCUCAUAGUGACCCUCGCAAUUCAUCAUCCCAACCUUAUCACGGACCUGGUGCAAAAUGGGGACAGUCAACAAACAUUGGAAAAAUGCAAUCCUCGCCACCCUACGCAGGUCAACACGGAAUGUCUCCGCCAUUGAGCACUGAUAAGCGAGGACAGUUGGACAAAAUGUCUCCGAAUUGGAAACCAGCCUCGUGGGGCACAAGCCCUGAUCACCAGAGCUCCACUGGCAAAGGUGUGGGAGAUGCAACUAAACGUUUAGAUCCUAGGAAAAAGUAUUCUCAUUUGAAAAUCAAAUCGAAAAACUCUCCAAAUGAGAGCAGCACAGAACCGACUUCGGAGCCUAGCUACAAAAUUCCUAAACUUCUGUCAGAUUCAACUGGGUUAGAGAAACCUAUCGACCCUAAGGAACUAUUUGGCAGUGACGGCGGUAUGGAGAGUCAACCCUACGGAGAAAUCACGUUUGGCACUUACAAAUCUCCAUUUACUCAAAACACAAAAAUUAACGAAAACACUCCGUCAGAAACAGCAGCAAGUAUAAAUAAUAAGACUGUUUCCAAUAUGCAAACUACUACAGAUGAGAUGAAAUCCACAGGUCAAGAAGUGGCCGUACCCUCGUACUUUGCACAGAUUGAGUCUGAACUGGGAGGGGGUGGUCUCGAGAUUGAGAGUGCAUUUAGUUCGCUGUUGGAGAAGAGCAAAGAGGAAGAGAGUAAAGGCCAAGAAUCUCAAGCUAGGAAACUGCCUAGUGUGUUUGGAUUUGGACUGUAGAUUCAAUUUGUACAAUCCAAUUUUUAUAAUACUUUAUACAAUAAUAAAUAAGCAGCCUAGUACAUUUUACGUGUACCUUUCAAUCAUCCCAAUAUGAAAAGAAUUAUGAUUGUAUAAUUUA